AUGAAGAUCUACUACAUCGGUAUCUUGAGAACAAGCGGCGAGAAAGCGCUCGAGUUGACUUCUGCCAGAGACCUCACCCAGUUCUCAUUCUUUGAGAGAACCGGAGUGUCCCAGUUCAUGACCUUUUUCUCUGAAACUGUUUCCCAGAGAACCCAGGCUGGCCAAAGACAAAGUAUUGAAGAAGGCAACUAUAUCGGACACACAUACACAAGAUCAGAAGGUAUCGCCUGUGUUAUCAUCUCAGACAAGGAGUACCCUGUCAGACCAGCAUACACAUUAAUCAACAAGAUCUUGGAAGAGUAUUUGGCAUUACAUCCACAACAAGAAUGGGCCAACAUCUCAGCCACCAGUCCUAGCUUGGCCUACGACCAGUUGGAACAGUACUUGAAGAAGUAUCAGGAUCCAUCUCAAGCUGAUUCUAUCAUGAAGGUGCAACAAGAAUUGGACGAAACCAAGAUCGUCUUGCACAAGACUAUCGAAAGUGUGUUGCAGAGAGGCGAAAAGUUGGACUCGCUUGUUGACAAAUCAGAGGCGUUGUCGUCGUCGUCUAGAAUGUUCUACAAGCAGGCUAAAAAGACAAAUUCGUGCUGUAUCAUCAUGUGAAUGCUCGUAACAUCAACUACUAAUACUAUUCAUAAGAACAAAUCUCUAGACAGCCAUAUCAGCUCAAGUGGUUCUAAUGGUUCUAAUGGUUUUCAAUAGCUUCCAUCUUGUGUCUUUCAUACAUAUAUCAUUCUUUAUAUGUCUCAUCUCUACUCUAUACCAUUAAUACACAUACAUACAUU